AUGAACAAGAACAAGAAAGAAGUGAGUAAGAUCGAGACAAAGAAGGCAUCGAUGGAUGAGUGGCCUGAGCCAAUCGUCCGAGUCCAAUCCUUAGCCGAGAGUAACCUCUCAUCCCUCCCCGACCGCUACAUCAAACCGGAGUCUCAACGUCCCAUAACCACCGAAGAGGCUCCGGCCGCGACCAACAUACCAAUCAUAGACCUUGAAGGACUCUUCUUGGAACAAGGUUUGUCUGAUGACGUCAUCAUGUCUCGGAUAUCGGAGGCUUGUCGUGAGUGGGGAUUCUUCCAAGUGGUGAACCAUGGUGUGAGACCAGAGCUCAUGGACGCGGCUAGAGAGAGUUGGAGAGAGUUUUUUCAUUUGCCGGUCAAUGCGAAAGAGACUUAUUCUAACUCACCAAGAACCUAUGAAGGCUAUGGAAGUAGAUUAGGAGUUGAGAAAGGAGCCAUUCUUGAUUGGAGUGAUUAUUAUUAUCUCCAUCUUCUUCCUCCUCAUUUGAAAGAUUUCAACAAGUGGCCUUCUUUUCCUCCCACCAUUAGAGAAGUGAUCGAUGAGUACGGCAAGGAACUAGUGAAGCUAAGCGGGAGAAUCAUGAGGGUAUUAUCGUCAAACUUGGGAUUAAAAGAGGAUAAAUUUCAAGACGCAUUUGGAGGUGAAAACAUAGGGGCAUGUCUGAGGGUUAAUUAUUACCCAAAAUGCCCUCGACCGGAGCUAGCUCUGGGUCUCUCCUCCCACUCCGAUCCAGGUGGUAUGACCAUUCUAUUACCGGACGAUCAAGUCUUCGGUCUCCAAGUCCGGAAAGAUGACACGUGGAUCACCGUCAAGCCUCAUCCUCAUGCUUUCAUUGUCAAUAUUGGUGAUCAAAUACAGAUACUAAGCAACUCAACAUACAAGAGUGUGGAGCAUAGAGUGAUAGUGAACUCGGAGAAAGAGAGAGUUUCACUUGCUUUCUUCUACAAUCCUAAAAGUGAUAUUCCGAUCCAACCAUUACAAGAACUUGUAUCCACUCAUAAUCCUCCUUUAUAUCCUCCCAUGACCUUUGAUCAAUAUAGACUCUUUAUCAGAACUCAAGGUCCACAAGGCAAAUCCCAUGUUGAAUCUCAUAUUUCUCCUCGUUGA